AUGAGUAUUAAACAUUUGCUAAAACGUAUGGUUUUGAACACGUCACUUCAUCGCCCUACUGGUCUCACAGCAACGGUAAAAGCCGAAGCAGGUGUCAAAGAUGCCAAGUCUACCCUUAAGAAGUCCCACGACAUCCACGUGACAGUGCUCAACAUAAGGAAUACGCCACCUCUUGGGCACUCCUUCUCCCCAGCUCAAAGGUUAAUGGGCAGACGUACCCUAUCUACUCUCCCUCUCUCCGCCGAGCUACUCAAACCGGAGCCUCCAGAUCCUUGGACAGUUUGCUCCGAGAUCACUCGCCGCAAGGAAGCCUCUAAAGCUCAGUACGACAAGCACGCAAGACCCUCUCUCCUGCCACUGCCACUUGAUUCCCAUGUUUACGCAAAACCUCGUCCACCUCAGCGGGGAACUCCUUGGAUCUAUGGUCAAGUUGUUGAAAACCCUUCGCCAAGUUCCUACAGACCAGGAAGGCUGAUCAGAAUGCCAAAGAAGUUUGAGGACUAUAGCCUUUAC